AUGCUCACGUGCUGCCUGCCCCGGAGGGCAACUCCCGGCCGGCCCGUCUUCCUCGUCGGCCUGCUCCUCGCGCUCCUGCUGCUCUUCUCCGUCCGCCACACCCUCUACACGGCCUGGACCCUCGCCGCCCUGCCUCUGACCUGGGGCCGCGGCGCCUCGUCGUUUGUCAUCUCGCGCGAGGCCGACGCCUUCGACGUGACCUUCGAGAGCUACGACGCGGCGCAGACGACGGCGGGCAAGGGCUUCGAGGACCGCGUGCCGGCGAUCCUGCACCACGUCAUGCUCGGCCACGCGCCCGGCGCCGGCACGGAGGACAAGUGGAAGGCGACGCGGCAGAGCUGCCUCGACCUGCACCCGGGCUGGGAGCACCACCUGUGGACCGACGAGACGGCCAGCGCCUUCGUGGCCGACAAGUUCCCGCACCUCAAGCCCAUGUGGGACAGCUACCCGUUCCCGAUCCAGCGCGUCGACGCCCUGCGGCACAUGGUGCUGUACGAGUACGGCGGCGUCGUGCUGGACAUGGACCUGCGCUGCCGGCGGUCGCUGGGGCCCCUGCGCCGCUUCGGCUUCGUGGCGCCCGAGGCGCACCCCGUCGGCGUGUCGGUCGGCUUCGUCAUGGCGGAGCGGCACAACCCCUUUGUCGGCGCCGUCGUCGACAGCCUGGCCACCUACAACCACCGCUGGCUCGGCCUGCCCUACGCGACCAUCAUGUUCAGCACGGGCUGCCACUUUGUCUCGUCGGACUACAAGGUCCUCCGCGGCCCGCCCUCGGACCCCAAGAUGCACCGGCUCAACGGCGCCGUGUCGACCCCUCUGUUCGAGCACCUCGGCUCCUCGGCCUGGCACACGAGCCUCGACUGCCUGGCCAUCGUCUUCAUCGGCCGCUCCCUGCGCUGGCUGCUGCCGGUGCUGCUGUUCGUCGCCGUCGGCGGCGCCCUCUACCUCGCCGAGCGCCGCUGGACGGCCCGGAGGAGAGGAGGCGGGUGCAGCCACUGCCGCGGCCACGGCGGCGCCGUCUCGCCGCGGGGCCGGUCGCGCAAGGCCAGCGAGGUCGACCUCGAGGAGUGCUCGCGGACCGUGUCGUGGGUGCGCCAGCAGCACGCGCGCAUGGCGGGCGGCAUCCACCUGGGUUAG